CACAUUGAAGCGAUGAGUUCAAGAUCUUCAGGAGAGACGAGCACAGCAGGGCAGCGUGGGAACUAAACACACCCACUCAACGCGACAGCGACGCACGCUUUACACAUCUGGACGGUAGUGGACGCUUCACUGGAACCAUGAAGUCUCCCAAAUUGGCGCCCCAAGCGAAGCUGGUGGAUGUGGACGAUCUGGACGAAGUGCUGUGCGAGUUCGAUGCCGUCAUCGAGGACUUCACGUCCCCGCUGGAGAAGCGCCACUUCCGCUACGACGAGCACCUGAGGACGGCGAAGAGGCGAAGCAGCGCCAGCGUCAGCGACAGCGGCAUCAGCGACACUGAGAGUGCAGAUUCGCUGAACAGAAACAGCUUCAGCCUGAGCGACGAGAGGCUCCACUCACCCACCGCGCUGUCCCCGACACCCACCUCACCCUCGCUGAUGUCACCAAAACCCAAACUGGGAGACACCAAAGAACUGGAGGACUUCAUCGCAGACCUGGACAAGACUUUAGAGAGCAUGUGACACCCCUGCAGCCAUCUUGGAUCGCAGCCAUGAAAGAGAGAGAGGAGUCUCGAAUCCACCCCACCCCAAACUCCGCCCUCCACCUGCCCCCUGCCUCAACCACGCCCGACGCUACCCUCCAACAGGAUGCAGCUGGAUGGCAAAGCAGCUGCGAGUUGGCUCCAUGUCGUCUUGCAGUCUAGUCGGCGCUCGACUCGCUCCACGCCACCUGGCUACUGGCACCCAAAGGACUCGCAUCCCAAUUAGCUUUGGAGGGGGUCAUGUGACUUUUACAAGAGACUGGACUGUUAGCUACACUGGAAUAUUACAUUAUUAUAAUAUGAUUAUUUUAUGAUAUUAAUAUUACUGUCACAAAUCAGAUCAGGUUACACUCCCUCGCAAAAAACGACAACAGGACGAGGCUUUUUUUUUUUGUUGCUUUGGUUUUUUGUAAAAAGAAAUAUAUUUGUAAUUUUAUAGAGCUUCAUAUUGUAAAUUUAUAUGUCAUUUUUGUGAAAUAUACUGUAUUUUUGUACCACAUGUAAAUAAUUAAUAUUAAAAAUGGUCAUGUUACAUUGGCUUCUAAAAGAAUGGAGAAAUAAAUCUCUCUCUCUAUACAUAUAUAUAUAUAUAUA